AUGGUGGCUACCUUCAUCCUCACCCGCGCCUUCGCCGUUUGUGCGAUGAUCGUCGGAGUACCUCUGGCACAUGCUGCUCCUAUUGUUUCAGGCUCUGUCGCUCAGCGCAUUGACGAGCGCAACUGUCGCUUGCUGGGAUGCCUGUUCGCAGCACCUAACGCUCACACAUCGGAUGCGGAUGUCUCGUCGCUGUCGGGAACGGCUGAUGCUAUGCCAGAGGUGGCCUAUCCCUCCGCAGGAACUGAGUCAUCCUCUGGCAGUCGUCGAGUCGCACACAUCAUCGCAAAAGUCUUGUCAGACAUCGAGGCGACUCCGUCAUCGGACUCGGUAGACGAUGACAGUGUAGACGCAUACAGUGCUGUGACGCGAGACAUGGACGCGGCAUGGGCUGAACUUUUGCCAGAGCUUGAAUCGCUCGAGAAAUGA